CGUAGACCUCCUGACGCGCGCGGCCUCGGCAAUGGCGACUGAGGCGAAGCGCCGGCGGGUGGCCGGGCCCGUGGGCUGCAGCGACGCGGACCCGGACCCGGUGGCCGGUUUCCUGAGCUGGUGCCGGCAGGUUGGGCUGGAGCUGAGUCCCAAGGUGGCGGUGAGCCGGCAGGGAACGGUGGCCGGUUACGGCAUGGUGGCCCGGGAGAGCGUGCAGCCCGGGGAGCUGCUGUUCGCCGUGCCGCGGGCCGCCCUCCUUUCGCAGCACACCUGCUCCAUUGGCGGCCUGCUGGAGCGAGAGCGAGGCGCGCUGCAGAGCCAGUCGGGCUGGGUGCCGCUGCUGCUAGCGCUGCUGCACGAGCUGCAGGCCCCGGCCUCGCCCUGGAGCCCCUACUUUGCGCUCUGGCCGGAGCUGGGCAGAUUGGAGCACCCCAUGUUCUGGCCUGAGGAGGAGCGCAGGCGACUGCUGCAGGGCACAGGUGUACCGGAGGCCGUGGAGAAGGACUUGGCCAACAUCCGCAGCGAGUAUUAUUCCAUCGUGUUGCCCUUCAUGGAAACCCACCCGGAUCUUUUCAGCCCCAGGGUUCGCUCCCUGGAACUCUACCGCCAGCUCGUGGCUCUUGUGAUGGCCUACAGCUUUCAGGAACCACUGGAGGAAGAGGAGGAUGAAAAGGAGCCAAACUCCCCUUUGAUGGUGCCUGCUGCAGACAUACUAAACCACUUAGCCAAUCAUAAUGCCAAUCUAGAAUACUCUCCAAAUUUUCUUCGGAUGGUGGCCACUCAGCCCAUUCCUAAAGGCCAUGAAAUUUUCAACACUUACGGGCAAAUGGCUAAUUGGCAACUGAUUCAUAUGUAUGGGUUUGUUGAACCAUACCCUGACAACACGGAUGACACAGCUGACAUUCAGAUGGUGACAGUUCGUGAAGCAGCAUUACAGGGAACAAAAGCUGAAGCUGAGAGACUCCUACUGUAUGAACGCUGGGAUUUCUUAUGUAAACUGGAAAUGGUUGGGGAAGAGGGAGCCUUUGUGAUUGGGCGUGAGGAGAUACUCACUGAAGAGGAACUGACCACCACACUCAAGGUACUGUGCAUGUCUGCUGAGGAGUUCAGAGAGUUUAAAGACCAGGAUGGAUGGGGAGAUAAUAAAAGGGAAGAGGACAGCCUGACAAUCACAAAUAUCCCGAAACUCAAAGCAUCAUGGAGACAGCUUCUUCGGGACAGUGUUUUGUUGACCCUGCAAAACUAUGCCACAGACUUAAAAUCUGAACAAGCUUUACUAGGUAACAAGGAGGUGUACACCAAACUGAGCUGGAGGGAACAGCAGGCCUUGCAGGUUCGCUAUGGUCAGAAGAUGAUCCUACACCAGUUGUUGGAACUGACAAGUUAGCAGGUUUUGUGUUGCCUGAAGAAACAUCAACAACAAGAACUUUAUUCUAAGAUAAUAUUCACUGAUGCUUGAAAAAAAUGAAAAUUUGGAUCUUUUGCUUCACUUUUCCUUUAAGUGCCAAAAGGAAAAGUAGCAAAGGUGAUGUGUUAGGGUUAACUCUGAGGUAAGGCGAACUGUUUGAAGAUUGGGCACAGUCUUUAAAAUUGGAAACUGCUGAUGGUUACUAAGACCAAUAAAUCGUUUAACUGUUUUGUU